AUGGCGCAGCCUCUCACCACACGUAAGCUGCGGAACCUGAAGCUGGCCAGUGGAGAGGGCGAUUACCAAUGGCUUCUAGUGGCGCUCCCCGAUCGGCAUGGGGCGGCCAUACCAGUGCUGCGCAGAGCGCGCGGGGUCAUGGUGGCAGUGCCCGAUGGCUUGUUUUCAGCAGAAGAGCUCGAGCAAGGGGCAAUUGGAGAAGAUAUACCCGAUCUAGGACCUGUCCUCCAGAGAGAAGUUCUGGUAGAAGGCAAGGAAGAUGGAGCAACUGUCUCGGUUCUAGUUUUGGACUUUCCAGAAGCCUCCUUUUCAAAGCUCAAAGUCUUCAGCAGUGGACGGAGGCCGGCCUGGCCCGAAGGCACUGUGCAUUUCCAGUGGGAAGAUGUGGUGGUGCGACCAGACCGGGACGACUUGGUGGAAGCAGUGAGGAUGUGGGUAGACGAUGGGUUGGUGAGAGCGCCCGACGAGUACCACACAGCCUUAGAGGACGAAGCGGCUCCUCAGCCAAAACGUGGUCAGGCCCCUCAAGCAGAUGUCCUCGAGGCGGUCCUCACCCAGCUGCAAACUUUGGCGGCUCAAGUGAACACGCUCCAAACAGACAUGGGCCAGAUGAAGGCCCAGCAGCCUGCGGCUUCAAACCGAGCCCCUGGAGCGCUAGGCCAGAUAGCAAAGAUAGCUGGGAAACCACCUCUCACACGGGCUGUUCCCACCCCAUGUCCACCAGCUGCUCCAAAUCCAGACCUAGAUGGCGAGGAGUGGGACGAGGAAGCAGGUGGCCUUAUGGAACAGACUGGGGAUGUGGAUCGCAUGCUGAAGCUAGCACUGUUGAAGUUGGUCGACAAGAACACCAAAAGCAAGAAGAAGAAAGUGGGUCUUGCUUUGGGAGCGAGCUCGGGCAGCGACGAAGAGGAGGACCCACUUCGCCGCUUGUCUGGGGCAAAGGGAACCCUUCUACAGGAGCGACUCCGGCAAAGCAUGGACAACAGCCCAGCCGACUACAUAGCAGCCAUCGAAGCUCUGGCUGCCUCAUGCCUCGGCCAGACCACAGCAUCCCCCGAGACAAUGGAGAGAUAUUGUCGAGAGGAAAUGCCCAUUGGACAAGAUCGCAACAUGGGCCAUUUAGUAUGGGUGAUGACCAAGGCAGCAGGCCUUUUGCGAGCAAAGCAGCACGAAAAGGCACACCUUCUGCUCCUUCUGGGUUUAGCAGCUGCAGAGCAGUUCAAGUUAGACCAGAAUUGGAACACUGCCUGGCGGUUGACCCAUCUAGCCCAACCACCUUUCCCCGAAUGGAGAGUGAGAGAUCCAAAUCUUGUGCAGCUUCGACAGGACUUCGCUCACAGCCGACUGAUCCACAGCACUUGGGCAGCAGCCGUGUCCGCAAAGCUCAAGGACGAGGAGAUGCUGGUGAAGAGACGGGGCUACCACAGGACAAGCAAUCUCAUGCCAGAGAAAGGGGGGAGGAAAAACAUCCGAGAAAGGUAUGGGCCGGGGCCGUGGAAAAAAGAUGGAGGAGGAGGGCGCAGCAUGAAGCCGAUCACCUUUGAUGAUUGGCCACGCUUUUUGCUGAAUUCGACGUUGGACAGACUUCUUGGGGAGCGGCUCGAGGGUUGCGCAUGCGUCCUCUGA